UUUUCGGUUGUGUGAAUCGGGUGGAUGAAGAAAUGGCGGCUCAAAUGAGCAGUUCGAAAAUGGAAGAAAGUGUCGUUUUCGAAGAGAAAUUACAGCAGAAGUUAUGUAGUUUUCUUGAUGAGAAUUUUCCAGAGGAUUUGUCUAAUGUUAAACAUUGCCUUGAGCGAAUGGAGAGGCAAAGAAACGCGCUAGAAAAGCAGUUGGCGAUAUCUGAAUCCAGCAAGGACGUGGCACCGUUGUGUGUUGGAAAGACAGUUGAAGAGGCGAAUUCAGCGUUGGAAAACGUUGAUAAGAUCCAGUGUAGUUUAGAAGAGCUCAAUACUCGUGUUGGCGAACAUAAUGAUAACGUUGAUGAUAUCAUGGAGCAAUUGGAAAGUUUGAAUAACACUGUGAAAAAGCUGGAAAACUUGAGUAGUUAUAUCAAGUGUUUGCAUAGAGUUGAACAACUCAGCAAUAUAAUUCACCAAGGACUGGAGACAGGAUCUCUUAGGAAAGCCAUAUCGGAGCUACUGGCGAUGAAAAAUCUUCUGGAUAAUCUCCAAGGAACAUCCUGCUACCAUCUCAACCAUUUCAUUGUUGAGACUUUGAAACAUUGGAACAAAAUUGUGGUUGACAAACUUGCCAAAGAGUUUAAUGAAGUUCUUGGAGUCUUGAAAUGGCCAUUUACUUCUGGUUCAACAGCCCCAUCGUUAGCAUCUAAUUUGAGUGUUUUUCAAACGCUAGAAAGUCUCUUUUUAAUGCUGCUUCAGGUGUCCGAAAUAAAAGCUAUGGAAACAAGUGAUGGAAAAACGGCAGAGAAUAUUUCGCUUCCAAUGGAUUUUUUACUUCAACCAUUGAGAAAGCGAUUUCAUUACCAUUUCUAUGGUAAAAAACAGACAAACAAUUUGGAAAAGCCUGAAUGGUUCUACACACAAAUUCUCAACUGGUUACGAGAUCACGAAGAUUUCCUGGACUCCACAAUUCAGCCAAUCAUCGAUAAAUCUGAGUCAAGCUGGAGUUCAGCACAGGCUCAGUUUUGUGAGGGUCUUCUUCAGCUUGUCGUUGAUAAAAUGGAUAAGAGCAUACCACUAGUGUUGAAUGACGAAGCUCUGUUUUCCCAUUUUGUUGAUGAGACUUUGCUGUUUGACCAAGAGCUCAGAAAUACCUAUGAUUUGAGCCAGGUGAAUAGCAACUGCCUAGAUGUCUUGGUCAAACAACCUUGCUUUGCAAAAUGGGUAGCACUGGAAAAAAUGUAUGCAAUGGAAAACAUACAGUCUUUACUUUCAUCUGACAAAGCUUGGAGCCCAAGAUAUGAAGAUGCUGCAGAUGUUGAUGAUUUAAGAGUUCCAGAGUGUGUUGAGACCUUUGCUUCACUCCUUGUAGAGCGUUACAAGAACUUGCCGGGUGAGGAAAAUCAAAUUUCAUUUGUGAAUGUUCAACUUGAUCUUCUGUAUUUCUUCACUGCGAGCCUGGAUGAGAUUGGAAGUGAUAAUGGACCAUUGACUCCUUGCUUCCUCUUCAUCAUCAAUAGUACAAAUUAUCUUGAAACAAUUUUACAAGAUUGGUCUGAGCAAACCUUCUUUCUGAAACUCAACUAUGCCAGAAUGCAAUUGGCUAGGAAGAAGAGAGAUGAACAAAAGGAUAUACCAGCUGACACUAUAAACGAUGAACUUCAGUUAGAUAACUAUGAUCAUCAGGAUGGUGAUUUUGAUGAAAGUGGAACUUUAUUUGAAGGUGCCAUAGCACAACUGAAGACAUUACAGAGUAAUAUGCUUACUGUGUUAGUCAAACAUGUCGGGAAUGAGUUUAAAAUGAAAAGUGAAUUGUACAGGAAUGAAAGCUGGCAUAGUCUUCCGUCGCACAAGGAUCUUGCCAUCACAAGUCUUUCCUCCUCGUUAUGUGAUAUGAUAAUCUAUCUGCGCGAUAUUCUUCGCAAGUUGAAACAAGAAAUGGCUGAUUGUUUGUUUACCAGCCUUUGGAAACAACUGGCUACAGACUUGUCGGAAUUUCUCUUUAAUGAGGUUGUUUUGAAAAGUCACUUCAAUGAAGGUGGUGCAGCACAGCUCAAAUUUGACGUUCACAAAAAUCUUUUUGUGCUGUUUGGACAAUUCACAUCAAAACCUGAAAACUAUUUCAGAAAACUCAAAGAGGCAAUCAUUUUAUUGAACCUGAUGCCAGGAUCAGCUGUGCUUUUGAAGGAGACUUUGGAUGAGAAUAAACGCCAAGCGAAUAAGGAAACAACGCAAAAUGCUCUGGACGAGUUGGGUGUUUAUAUGCUGUCUGUCAAUGAAGUGCUGAACGUCUUAAAUUCCAGAAUAAAUUGGACUAAAUGAGGUAAGAUUUAAGGCUGAGUGAAAUUGGCUAAAAAAAUCCUUCACAUCCCAAUGAAUUUGGACACAAAAGUGUUUUCACAUUGGCUUGAUUUAAAAAAAAAUAAGCAUUGUGUAACAAUCUUGUAUAUCUCAACUUCAACCGGACAUCCCAGGGACAGAUAGUACUCUAUCUAAUUUAAUAGUGUAUUAAAUAGAAUCACUAUAAGAACAAGGUAUAAAAUAUUUUAAUAUGA